AUGGAUCAAUUUGAGUAUAACAUUGUUUUAGAAUUUGAAAGUCAAAAUCUGGUUGAAUCCGCUUAUCAAAUUUUCAAGAGUAUUCCAAAAAAGUCUAAAUCAGAAAGUAUUUGGGAAGAAAGCACUAAAAGUAAUAAAGACUGGCAGGAUUGGAGAGUCUGUGACUGGGAAAUAGACAUGAUAACCGAUUUCACAAAUCAAACAUCAAAAGAAGAGGAAAAUGAUUUGAUUACUUCACAAUACUUGGGCCAUGGGAUAAUAAAGUUAUUCAAAUUGAACAAUGCCGAUAAUCCUCUCAAUGAGAAAGACAUUCUGACCAUCCCUGGAGAUGAUACUAUGAUAUGUAUCCUGUUCGUUCCAACUUAUUUUACCGUUCAUGAUUUAUUGCAUUUUUAUAUUGGUGAUGAUAUUGUUAAUAAACAAGUUUCCAACUUUCGUAUACUACGAAACCAGCAGAAGGGAAUGGGUUUUAACUUUACAGUCCUUAUUAAAUUCAGGAAUGCCCUUGAUGCGAAGAAUUUCAAGGAAGAGUUCAAUGGCAAAAGUUUUAGUAGGAUGGAUCCAGAAACAUGCCAUGUGAUCUCUAUAAAGGAAAUAGUAUUUCAAAAAAAGCUUUUCCAAAGACCUACUGCUAACGAGGACUUCCCUUAUCUGCUUACUGAUCCAUUUACUGUUAAAAAAAAAAAGGCACCAGUAAAAGUCGAACUACCCACAUGCCCCGUUUGCCUCGAAAGAAUGGAUUCAGAAACAACUGGCUUAGUAACAAUCCCAUGCCAGCACACUUUUCAUUGCCAAUGCCUAAACAAGUGGAAGAACUCAAGAUGUCCGGUGUGUAGACAUUCAAGUCUGCGGCUAAGCAGGGAAUCAUUACUGAAGCAGGCAGGUGAUUCUGCACGUUGUGCAACAUGCGGCUCCACUGAUAAUUUGUGGAUCUGCUUGAUCUGCGGUAAUGUUGGAUGCGGCCGUUACAAUUCCAAGCAUGCAAUCAAACAUUAUGAAGAAACUUUACAUUGUUUUGCAAUGGAUAUACGAACACAAAGGGUGUGGGAUUAUGCGGGAGAUAAUUACGUCCAUCGACUAGUGCAAAAUGAAGUUGAUGGAAAGUUAGUAGAGGUCGGCGGUUCCGGUGAUGAUAAUAACAGUGGUACUGGUAAUUCUGAUGAACUACAAAAUGUCGUUAACGGUAACAGGAAUAAAGGUGGUGGUGAAGGAUCCAGCUCUAAUAAAAAAGAUGGAGAGCUGGCGGCAAAUUUCUUAAGGCAUAGGGAAUAUCAUUUAGAAUAUGUGCAAGUACUAAUAUCUCAGUUAGAGUCUCAAAGAGAAUAUUAUGAACUGAAAUUACAAGAGAAGAAUCAAAGUGCGUCUGAUCUGUUGAAAGUAGAAAGCCUGAAGAAGUCUAUGGAGGAUUUAAAACUCCAAUUUCAAGUCACUCAGAAGGAGUGGCAGAAGAAGGAAAUGUCCCAGAAAACUAAACUUGAAGAAGAUAGGCUGGUAAUCGAAGGCCUGCAAGCGAACCUAGAUCACUCAUCAAAAAAGCAAGAGCAAUUAGAGCAGGAAAACAAAAAACUGGUAGAAUCUAAACAAGAUUUGGAAGAGCAAGUCAAGGACCUAAUGUUUUACCUAGAUUCUCAAGAAAAAUUUAAAGACGCUGACGAGAGUGUAAAAGAAGGUACUAUCUUGGUACAGCAGCCCCAGAAAGCAGCCCAGGCAUCUAAAAGCAAGAAGAAACGAAACAAGAAUAAAAAACCAGGGAAAUAA